ACAACCUUUUUGACCAUUCUUUAAACCACGUUGUCUACAACAAGAGGUAUACACCUGGACUCGCUUUACCAUAACUACACAAAUCCACCUGCAAUCGCCGCCCCCUCCGCGGAAGGCGCACCAUGAACGAAGUCCCCGACGAGACAGAGCGUGUGCUGCAAGAUGGUGAGAACAUUCACUCACUGGGCGUCGCGCAACCGGGACCGACGAUAGGCUCCAUGGAAUUCUUCUCAGAAAGCGACUCGCACAAUGGAUCGUCACGGUCGGAGAUAUUUUACGAGGCGGCAGAAAAGAUCGAUACGUCGCAACUCACUGAUCGCUCUGAUGAAGAGGGUGAUCGGCAAAACACCACCAGCACUCCCUUGGCAACUGCUACCUACGUACGCUCAUUUGUCACACCAAUCUCAGUCUACGAUUUCGCCCUUCUGCCGGGGAAUACCGUGAAGGCGACGGAAACAAUCCAUAGAACUGCACGAUUCGGUUUUAGCACGCGAGAAACCGUGGUCGCGGCUGGGUCCUUAAGACGUGAAGAGCACGCGUGUGUUCAAAGCAUCAAGCCGUCAGUCGACGAUGCCAAACCUACAGAGUCGAACAAGGCAAUGAACGCGCCUACGGUAGUCCAGUCCGUGGAAGAAGACACGGGAACAAACACUGGCCUGACAACCCAGAAUGGAGCAGAAAAGAAUAAGAAUAAUGUAGCAUCUUCGUCCCACUCUCGGAGGUACCGCACGGCCGACGCAUCACUGAUUGACUACCUCACACCUGCUACACCACCGCCGACACGGCUCCGGUCGGGGAGGGAAAUCGCGUCAGAGCCGCCAGUUCCCGCGAAUGCGCAGCCCGUUCACGCGCGACAGCCGCAAGUCAAGGCACUAGCAGGCUUGCGCCGUACGGCAGAUAACUCGUUGAUUGAUUACCUCACACCUGCCAUACCACCAACAACGCGUCUUCGGUCGGGGAAAACACCCACAGUGGAAACACCAAAUACAGCUGCAUUCUGGUCGGUGCUAACAAAAAAGCGGACCGUCAAGAUGACGGAAAGUUCGCAUGUUCGCAGUGACCGGCGCCACUCCCUUCCACAUUCCCAAGUCGUAGGCGAACCCCAAGGCCUAGUGACGUUCGAAGAUCAACAGCCGGGGGAUGAUUUGGGGCACUCUCAAUAUGCAGAGGGCGAAAAGCGAACGUCCGCUGCUAUCUUGAACCCGGGAAGCCCACGCCGUGAAGAUGAGAGACAUCUCUCGCUUCAGCCCGAACCCGAGAUCCACAAACAAUCAACAAACCUGGAAAAACCGUCAAAAGCCCUAGUCGUCAAAUUCAAGCUCCCCUCAUCCAGCGUUCCUAAUCCUCCCCCUCACCCCGAUACCACGCUCUCACCCAAUCCAAAGCCCUCCCUCAUCGUCAAACUCAAACUAGAUCCCGACCUCCUGACCGGUCUUGCCCUCCAAGAAGAACGCCGGAAGCGCCUGAAACGGGGCUCAGAGUUGCAAUCGGUUCCAGAGUCUUCCUUUAUUGAUGAUCAAAACACACGGAAGCGCAAACACAGCAGCCCGGAUAAUGCGAGGUCGGGAGCAAAGGCGGGAGCAAACAAAGUGAUUGCUGGCCGUGCGGCAGCGCGGCCAAAGGAGAUAAAGCGCCGGCGACAGGGCUCUGCUGCUGAGGGAUUGCGUCCGUGUUUGCACGGUGGUCGUGAGGCCAAGGUUCGCAAUAUUCCGGACGAAGGUGACGAGACGGAAUCCCAAAGCGAGUUUUCCGGUGAAGACAUGCAUCCCGCGACGGGCGACGAUUCGUUCCUCGACGAGACCGCAUUUGUCGAUCUAACUAGUCGCCGCUCAUCGCCUACCAAAAUACACACAAGUAAGACGUCACGACCGUUCCGUAUCCCUCUACCUCGCUUCCCAGUCCUACCCAAGCAGCAACAUAAUGCGCUCGCACACUUCACUCAGGGCGUGUGCAAUGCGCUGGAAAAUAUCAUAGAGGACUACCAUCAUGCGGUCGCUGCUGAGGAGGAAGACGGUGAAGAUGAUGACGAGGGAGGAACACCUGAUAUUAAUAUCCUGGACAUUGUCGACAACUUGGAGGACUCCGUGCCCGAAUUCGAGACGCCGCGGAAUUACUACGACUAUAGGCUUGUGGUGGUGAAGGGAUGUGAGUGGGUGUAUGCGGCCGUGAGGAAAGUGCUUAGGGAAGUGCAAAUGGACGUGGAAGAGUCGGAGGAUGGGCGCAGCGAGACGGGUGUACUGUGUAACGAGGGACCGAGCGUGGAGGAAGUGUGUGCGAUUGUUGAAGAGGGAUUUUGGCGGGCGAGGGCUAGGGUGGAAAGGAGGAUGGGAUUGGGGAAGAAAGAGGUGGAAGAGAAGAUGCGAGAUUUGAGGCGGGAAUGGAGAAAGCCGGGAAUGGCGCCGAGUGAGAGUGGGAGAAAUGCGAGGGCCGUGGUGAGUGAGAAGCAAUCCGAGAGGGACAUUGAGGCCGAGUUCCGUGCGCUGAUGGGGAUGCAGAGCGCUAGGAGCGAGACCAUCUUGGAAAAAGGGAGGACGGAAACGAUGACGGCCGGGGAGAAGUUGAGAGAGAGGUUGGACAAGGUGAAGAGGAUUGAGGCGCUGAGGGCGAGUAUGAGGGAGUCUAGUUUGAUUGAUAAGUUGAGUGCGAGAAUGAGGAGGAAGAUGGAGGAGGAGACGGAGGUGGAGGAAAAUUGCGAUGAGGUGGAUGGCGACGAGGACCAGUCAGAGAACGAGGAGGAGCAGUGUGAGGAGUGCGGGGAAGAUGAGGAGGAGCCAGAGGAAGGAGAGCAGGACGUCAUCGUGCUGAAGUGACAUGGAGGCUCCAACAACAAGCAGCAGCACAAGUCUUAGACCUUGGCUUGGCAAUGGAAGUGUCUGCUUCAGGCUAUCAAAGGGAGCACAAACAGGAGGGGUGCGUUCAUCGGAAAGGAAAACAAGAAUGGCAGAAGGAGAGGUAAGUCUGCGGCCCCAGUAAUCCAUCGUAUUGGAGGACCGCCGGUGCGAUGCGGUGUUGGAUGUCAUCUAGUCACGUCCGUAAAAGAAAUCUGGAAGCCUUUGCGGCACUGG